AUGGAGAUUGACAAAGUUGCUGAGCUGAAGAGUUUUCUCAAGGUUCUUCCCCCAGUUGAAUUUUCUUGCGUCUAUGGCUCAUCUCUCCAUCCAAAUAAUAAUGACAAGUCAUCCAUGGUAGAUUACAUUAUUGGCGUAUCAGAUCCCGAGCAAUGGCAUUCUGAGAAUAUGGAAUCGAAUGAAGAUCACUAUGCCUGGAUGGUGAGCCUUGGCGGUGCAAAACUGAUUACUCAAACUGCCGAUGUGAUUGGUGUAGGAGUGCACUUUAAUCCGUUUGUAACAUGGAAUGACAAGGUCCAUAUACUUGUGGAUAAUUUGGAUAUUGGAGAUGUAAACUCUGUCAAUCUGAGGGCUGCAGUCUCUGCUGCUCUUCUCCUUUUACCAUCCAAAUUCACUGAGGAAGAUUUGUAUUCCAAAAUAUGUAGCCUCUCUUAUAUGGGUGACUUGCGCAUGCUUUUUGCAGAGGAUAAAAAUAAGGUGAAGAGGAUUGUUGAAGGACAGUUUGGUUUAUUCCAAUCAAUGUAUAAGCCAUUUCUACAAGAAUAUGAGGCUAAAGAGUUACUGACAUUCUCAUCGCCUAAUGCUCAUCAGGCUAAUAUCUCUCAGGACUGCAGUUUGUCAAUGACUCAUUCCCUUCUUCAUUCUCUUCCUCCCCUUGUUAGAAGAAAGAUGGGGAUAAAGCUAGGAGAGAAGAAAGUGCUGAAUAAUUCUGGUCAAGUUUUGCAUGAUCUCGUGAUUGGUUCAAGAGAAGAGGCUGCCAGGUGCAUGCAGAAGGUUCUCAGGCGUACUGUCAUGGUUUCAAGCGCGAGGCAGGCCGUCUCUGGUUUCCUGGCUACUGGUGGUAUUAAUGCUACUAGAUAUCUUGCUAGUAAAGUACGCAAGGCUUCGAAAUCUUGGAAAUGA